AUGAGCAAGUUGCCAGGCGAGACAGGAACUUCAUUCCCCUCUGUGUCAGGAUCCAUCGCAGAAAUUAUGCCCCUUCUCUCACCAUGAGCUGGCUCUCCAAUUCCCAGGGAGUUGUGCUAACUGCCUACCACCCCAGUGGCAAGGACCAGGCCGUGGGGAACAGCCAUGCCAAGGGAGGUGAAGAAGCCACCUCAAGUCGAAGAUAUGUCCAGUAUACCAUGAACCAGGAAAGCACUACCAGAGUCACAGAAAAGCCUGAAUUUAAUCGAUCAAGUUCCCAGGAUUCCUUGGAUGAGCUAUCUAUGGAGGAUUAUUGGACAGAAUUAGAAAACAUCAAGAAAUCUAGUGAAAAUGGUCAAGAAGAUGAAGAAGUGGUAGUUGUCAAAGAGCCUGAUGAGGGAGAAUUGGAAGAAGAGUGGCUUAAAGAGGCUGGUUUGUCCAACCUCUUUGGGGAGUCUGCUGAUGAUCCCCAAGAAAGCAUGGUGUUUUUAUCCACGUUGACCCGGACCCAGGCAGCAGCUGUUCAGAAACGGGUAGAGACGGUCUCACAGACCUUGAGGAAGAAAAACAAACAGCACCACAUUCCUGACGUCAGAGACAUAUUUGCUCAACGGAGAGAGUCAAAAGAAAAAGCUCCAGAUGGCCCUGAAUUGCAGUCAGUCAGAGCAAACGAAAACAAAUACGAAGGAAAAGAUGAUCAGGCAUCUAGCAUCAUUGUUGGUAAUGAGAAGUUGAUCCUACCGGUACCUGAGGACACACCUUCCUCUGAAACAGCCAUCAACUUGGAGGUGUCAUUUGCUGAGCAAGCAGUCAAUCAGCAAGAGAGCUCCAAGGAUAAAACUCAGAAGAACGAAGGCAAUGAUGCAUCAUUACCUAGUUUCAGGUUGCCAAAAGAUAAAACGGGCACCACAAAGAUUGGGGACCUGGCACCCCAGGACAUGAAGAAAGUAUGCCGCUUAGCUCUGAUUGAGCUGACUGCCCUCUAUGAUGUAUUGGGAAUUGAACUGAAACAACAGAAAGCUGUGAAAAUCAAAACAAGAGAUUCUGGUCUUUUUGGUGUUCCACUGACCACAUUGUUAGAACAAGAUCAAAGGAAGGUGCCAGGAGCUCGAAUACCCUUGAUCUUUAAAAAACUGAUUUCUCGAAUUGAAGAGGGAGGUUUAGAAACCGAAGGCCUCUUACGAAUACCUGGAGUUGCCAUAAGAAUCAAGAAUCUUUGCCAAGAGCUAGAAGCAAAGUUUUAUGAAGGAACUUUUAAUUGGGAAGGUGUCAAGCAGCACGAUGCAGCCAGCCUGCUGAAGCUCUUUAUCCGGGAGCUGCCACAGCCACUGCUCAGCGUAGAGUAUCUCAAAGCCUUUCAGGCUGUCCAGAGUAAGCGCCAUCCAUCUUGA